CGUAGCUGCGACCCGGUGCCCGAGCACUCCAGCACGCCGUGAAGCCGCUCGCGUUCCUGGCUGCCGCUGAAAAAAAAAUUUUUUUUUGAUAAUUAACCUGCAGAGAUUUCCAGUUGACCAAAGAAAUGGUGAUGGAGAAGCCAAGUGCCCAGCUGGUCGGGCGAGAGUUUGUCCGACAGUAUUACACACUGCUGAACCAGGCUCCCGACUACCUGCACAGGUUUUAUGGAAAGAACUCGUCCUACGUGCACGGCGGCCUGGACAACAACGGCAAACCAGUGGAGGCUGUUUAUGGACAAUCUGAGAUCCACAAGAGGGUGAUGGAUCUGAGCUUCCGCGACUGUCACACCAAGAUCCGGCACGUGGACGCCCACGCCACGCUGAACGAGGGCGUGGUGGUGCAGGUGAUGGGCGAGCUGUCCAACAACAUGCAGCCCAUGAGGAAGUUCAUGCAGACCUUUGUGCUGGCGCCCGAGGGAACGGUCGCAAACAAAUUCUACGUCCACAACGACGUGUUUCGCUACCAGGACGAGGUGUUCGGUGACUCUGAUUCUGAGCCUCCAGAAGAGUCUGAGGACGAGGUGGAGGAGAUCGAGGAGAGGGUCCCGUCACCUGACGUCGCUCCGGAAGAGUCCGCCACCUUCUACGACCCGACACCCUGUUCAGAGCCGACGGUUCCUGGCGACGACGAGGAAGAGGAGGAGGCAGCGGCGAGUCCAGAACCAGAACCCGAGGCUGAGAAGGAGGUCGAGGCCCCAGUAGUGGAGCUGAAGCCUGAGACGACACAGGAGACGCAAACAGACACCAACGCAUCCGACGACCAGAAGGAGAAAAGCAACGCCGCCACGCCCACCGCAGAACCCGCCGCCACGCCCACCGCAGAACCCACCCCCGCCGCUCCAGAAGAAAACAGGCCGUUCUCCUGGGCGUCCGUCACCAGUAAGAACCUCCCUCCCAGCGGGGCCGUCCCAGUCUCAGGAAUCCCCCCACACGUCGUCAAAGUCGCUCCCACAGCACCGCCCAGAGUGGAGGUGAAGUCAGAGUCCCAGACAGCAACACAGAGACCACAGAGAGACCAGAGGCCGAGGGAACAGAGGCCUGGAGGUCCUCCCCCGGUACACAGAGGGCCCAGACCAGUUCGGGAAGGCGAGCAGGGCGAGACGGAGGGUCGCCGGGUGGUCCGGUACCCCGACGCCCAGCAGCUCUUCGUUGGAAACGUCCCUCACGACGUGGACAAGACCGAGCUCAAGGAGUUCUUUGAGCAGUACGGAACAGUCCUGGAGCUCAGGAUCAACAGCGGAGGGAAGCUACCCAACUUUGGCUUUGUGGUGUUUGACGACUCUGAACCGGUUCAGAAGAUCCUCAGCAACCGGCCCAUCAAGUUCCGAGGCGACGUCCGGCUGAACGUGGAGGAGAAGAAGACCCGGUCGGCCAGGGAGGGCGACAGGCGGGACAUUCGGCCCCGCGGUCCAGGAGGUCCCGGCGGCCCCCGGGAGCGAAUAGGAGGCGGCGGGUGGCGGGGCGGCGGAGGAGGAGGACCCCGAGGCCCGCCCACCCGCGGAGGCAUGGCACAGAAACCCAGCUUCGGCUCUGGGCGUGGCGCGGGCCCCAACGAGGGCCGCUACUCCACCCAGCGCCAGUGAGGGGAGAGAAAAGAAAACAACCUCUCAGCUCCAAACCUGAGUUAGAUUACGAUUCAACUGAGCGGUUAUUGUUAAAACGCAGCAGGAACCAAUUAGACAAAACCUUUAAAAUAUAACAGAUAGCCGUUUACGCUGCAGAUUAGGAGCAGACAUGAGGAGGGAUUCAUUUCAAGUCAGAGUUCGGGUCGCUGCACAAACUCGCCCUGAUUUCUGACCCGUCUCCUCCUCGUUCUCGCUCCUAAACGUUAAAGUGUAAAGUAUUUCAGAUGGAUUUCUGUUAGUAAUCAACACAGGUUUGGUUGAGAGCUUUCACUGUCAAAUCACCACAGCCGGUCUCUUACAUGUGUCAUGAAGAUGGCUGCCUCCUCCUCCUCCUCCUUCUUUCUCACCUGCUGCUUUUUGUUUCCCUCAGAGGAACCCAGAAUGUCACUCCUCUUUAUCAUUUUUUUUUUUUUUUUUUUUUCUUCCUCCACCAACAUGUAUUAUCUGGACUUUUGUCAUCUUUUGUUUGUUUUUGUUUUUCACGCUGAACUUGAAUUUAUUAAGAAACAAAAGUCAAAACACGCAAACACAUGAGAAAAAAAAAGGGUAAAUACUACUUGAAUUGGGGAUUGAAAAACCCAGAGGUUAGGUUUUUUUUCGCGUUCUCUCUCCCUGUUUCUUAAAGGAACGUGUACUUUACUGCUUGGGCAAUCCUGUGUAUUGCUGCCACCGUUGUGUCUAGCGAUGGAUCUGUCUUAUCUUUUUAUUCUAUCAGGUCAAGAGCUGAACUGUCGUGGUUUUUAUUUGAGUAAUGUUGGCUUGUAACAUGUGGAUUCACGGACGCAUCUGAACGGAGCAUGUUUCAAAUCAUGUAUCAAAUCCUGUCAGGCUUCUACUACCGAUGCACUUCAUUCGUCAUCAUGUUUAAAAAAACUGAGCUCACCUGCCGAUGAGAGAACUAAAUUAAAAGUGAUUUACUGUUUUAACCCUUUUGGUCUGUCUCAUCU